AUGUCUUUGCACCCUCUUGGCCCAGCUACCCCGCGAGAGAUUCAGCUGGCGACUGACCUAGUCAAGAAAGCCUACGAAGAUGUCACCAAUAACCAGCUUAUUCACCAUGCUGAAUUGCCUCGGGACUUCCAUGGACCGGUGGACCGUGCAGAGAUGAAUGAAGCAACCCAGGUAGUCAUGGCCGACCCUCGGGUGAAGGAAGAGAUCAACCGGUUGAAGAUCGAUGAUACCACAGUGAUUCUCGAUCCAUGGGGUUAUGGUGUAGACGGCGAGGAAACCCAGUGUUUUAUGUAUAUGCGCAAUCCCAGGAACAAUGACCCUGACUCGAACCACUAUUGUUUCCCGUUGGAUUUCAUGGUUACUGUCGAUUUUUCUGGGAUGAAAGUCGAACAGAUCACUCGCCUGCCCUUGGGGUGUGACCAAGCUACGACACCAGUCGGUUCACCUGUACCUUAUCGCCGAACUGAUCCUUACGAAGCCGAGUAUGAUCAUAGCUUGCAAAAGAAGGCCCCCAGGACAACCGUGAAGCCCUACCAAGUUAUUCAGCCUGAGGGUGCUUCCUUCACAGUCAAGGGCCACUUGGUCGAAUGGGAGAAGUGCUGA